GUUCCUGGAGUUUGUUGUCUCACACCGUGUUGGCCAACACGGAGACUCCGCAGUGUGGACGCGCGCUCUCUAAAUGAAGCCGUUCAGGAUCAGAUACGAAGGCGGAUAGAGCUACGAACACCUCUGAAGGCGAAGCAGCUUCUGUGGCGAUGGAAGAGACAUAUAGGUUGCUCUAAAGUUGCUGAUGACUCGUGGCAACAAUGUUACCGUUAUGGUCCGUCUUCGUCGCCGUCGCCGUGCUGGCCGUGCAGCUUUGCACUGGUGAGAAAUCCUGUGUCAUCAGGUCCACCGCAGAAUCUGUAGUGCAGCGAGGCUCCAGUUUUGAGGUGUCCUGCACCUUUAACCUGAAGUGUAUAGGCUACAUGUACAGCGGCCAAGGUCCCAUAAAGCAGAGGCAUGAAGUACUGAACUCCACAACCAUAUAUUUUAAGGUGGUGAACAUAACAGAGAACAGGACAUACAGCUGUCAGUGUGAGGGUCAUAAAGAACUGGACCCCUGUGGACUUGACAUCUCAGUUGGAUACCUACCCGAUCGCCCUAAAAACAUUUCAUGCAUCUACAAAAUCAUAAAGAAGGAAAGUGGAGUUGUGGUCUGCACUUGGAACAGAGGACGGGACACGAAUCUUAGGAAUAGUUCAGCGCUGUGGGUGAAAACGGUCUCUGGAAACCACACAGAUGGACCAGUGCCAUACAAGCUCUCUAAUAAGGGAACUGAGUUACUGUCAGUGAAUUUCACUGUUUCCAGAUCUGUCCAGCUCAUCUCAGUGUGGGUUCAAACUGAAAAUCCACUGGGCUCUGCACAAUCCUCCAUCAUCAAUUACACACUCAGCGACAUCGCAAUGCCAUCAACUCCUGUCCUCAGCGAGCUAAACUGCUCUUCCCGGAUGUGCGUCAUCAAAGUGGAGCAGUCUGUAAAGACCCAUUACCUGGAGAUCCAGUACAGAGCAGAACAACAGACAUGGACAACUUAUGAAGACUCAGUUGCGCAAAGGAAUUCCUCCCUCUGGUCCAUCUCCUCUCUGGAGCCCUACAGGUUGUACUAUUUGAGAGCCAGAUCUAAAUUCAGCACUGGCCUGUGGAGUCAAUGGAGCACAAACAAUUUGACUUGGACUAAAGAGGAAGCUCCUGCCAAAGAGCUGGAUGUGUGGUUUGCGGUGGAUUCUAAAACCAUGAGAAUUUACUGGAAGGCGGGGAACAUGUCCAUCUCUAGAGGGAAGAUCAUAGGAUACGAAGUCAGCAUUUCUAGCCCGAACAAUAUUACCAUCACUAAUGUCAGUGCUGAUGCCAGGAGUUAUUCAGUUCAAUGUUGUCCCAGCUGUGAAGUGACAGUGAGGGCUCGUAACUCCAAAGGGCUUUCACCUCCUGCCAAAGUAACAACCCAUCUUACUGAAGCUAAGCCCCUUCACAAGGUGCAAGUAAGAAAUGACGGCUACAAUAUCACCAUCUCCUGGACAAAACCUGGAACUGCACCGUCACCAACAGCAUAUCUGCUGGAGUGGUACCCAGAAGGCAACAAGUUGGAGGGGCUCAGAUGGGUCAGGCUGGGCAAGAACGAAAACCACACUGUUAUUUCAGGUAUCAAGCCCUUUGAGUGCUAUGAGGGAGCAUUGUAUGCUUUCUAUAAUGAAAGCUCUUUUAGUAAGACCAAAUUUAAAGGUGUUGCCAUUUUGGAGUCAGCUCCAGAAGCCGGUCCAUUUGUCCAAGAGAACAUUGAGGAAAAAAACAAUGUAAAAAUUACCUGGACGGAGCUUCCCAGGAGUCAGCGCGGGGGUUGCAUCACCAACUAUACCAUCUACUUGGAGACCAAGGGACAGCAGAAAUGUUUUUCAGACUCUGUGCCAGCAUCAGAGAGGAUGUAUAUGUUCAAAGGCCUGCCUCCAGCAGAGUACAGUCUGUGGAUGAGUGCUUCAACAGGCAGAGGAGAAGGCCCUGCAGGUCAGAAGACCAACUUCUUCAUUGAACAGGACACCCAAGUAUUCCACCUGCUAGCGUGUGUGGUCGCCUCCCUGAUUGUGCUGUUUCUUCUGUGUUUGUGCCAGAACUCAACAGUAAAGCAACGUUUCUGGGAGCUUUUCCAAUGCUUCAUGCUAGAUGUUGUGCCAGAUCCUGCAAACAGCAAAUGGGCCAAAGAGUGUACCCAAGAGAAGGGCAAGGUGAACGUGGAGCUUGACUCAAGCUACUCCAACGUAUCCAGGGAGGAAGAAAAGGUCAUCCUGGUGGAUGUGGAGGAGCUGCCCAAGCACAACAGCGACACCCCCACAUCUAGAAAGAUAUUCUCACGUGUGACUCCUCCAACCAGCCUGAGCUCUGAGACUGAGCCAGUCAUCCCAACCACCUACAUAAAGAGUUUCUCCCACGACUCAGACAGCUCCGAUCACACACACACCUCUCUGGACACAACUGUUGACUACAUCUCAUCGCACGGGCCAGGAAACUUCGAUGAGGAAGAUGACGAGGAGAAAGUGGAAGAGUUUACAGACAUGCCUUUCAUCGCCAGUCACAACAUCUUCAUAGAGCCGCUGGUGUUUGGAGGAAAGCUGACUCUGGAUGCAGUGAAAAUCGACUGCAGUGACUUCUUUCAGAACAUUUAGUAUCAGCAAAGUGAAAGCAGAGGUAUUAAACACAAAAAUAUAAUUCAUUCACAUAGUUUGUUGUUUGCACCUGGACUUUUCCUACUGUGACAUAUUCCAGAUGCAUAGUCAGUUAUAGCCUUGACAAUCCUAUGUAUUUAUAUCUAUCCUACCUCAGUCUUAGCUCAUCUACAGAACAGAUCUUCAGUGUUCUCUGGUGUCAGAGUAAAAUGGCAGGGGAGCUCUAGCUGGGUAAUAAGGGAUCUUAGAGAAUGGCCAGAGUGCUUGGAGAGGACAGAAAAGUGAUGGUAACUUUGCACUGAGCAGAAAAUCAUCUUAGACAUGUCAAAUAUCUCCAUCAGGAUUGACUUCUGUUAGAUUAAUGCCGGAUUUCCAUUAGUAUCUACUCAGUGGGGGUCAGCACGACUCACCGCAAUCUUGUUUUGUUUCCAUUGCAACUGAGCAUCACCUCGAUGUGGGUGGAGUCAAUAUAGCAGCGCUGCAGUAGUCUCUUGAUGUAAUUUGUAUGUGGCUCAAAACACAACACAACAAUGGAUGACAUAGGAGCAAGCUAACAUAGCUAAUGUCAGUUUAAUAUCAUCAUCAUGCGUAAGUCCCCCGUACAAUGUUUUAAUGGAUGAAGGUUAUCAUUGUUAAGUAUUACCCUAUACCACUGAACAUGUCAUAAUCGACUCAAUGUACUUCAAAAGUGCUGCCAUUUGCGUACUUCUGGCAACAGUUACCAUAAUAACCCUAUGUUGGUUGUGAAGUGCAGUUUCUCACCUUUCAGAAACCAUUUGAAUUUUUUGGUUAGGACAGAUGGUUGCAUAGCUAUUAGGGGCAGUAUAGGGUUAUAAUAUGUAUGCUGUGUGUGGGUUUCAGAUGGCUCUCUUGUUGCAAAACUACCACUGCAAACUGUGGGUCUGGGCAUUCAACCGGUGUUUUGCGUGCCUCCAUUUUCUUGC